UACGCAACCGCUGACCUACUAACAUACAUUCUAGCGGGGAGAGGGAGAGAAACUGGAUCACGUCCCCAACAUAACACUAGACUCAAAGCAACACGGGAGACAUAGCAUCCAGAGGACUUCAUCCUGACUGACCCAACCUAAGAGCGGAGAAAGACCACUCGCGCCGGAUUUCAACCGAUAGCUCAUCUUUGAAUGAAGAAAACAGAGAAAUAGAGGACACGAACUUCAACUGCGGAAGGAGACAGCUUUGUGUCCGGCAGCGUGCAUUUUUUUGUGAGACACGUCACUUCAGUAAAGUCUGGUUCCUCGUGAGCAAGCGGCACUGAAACUGGGCCCCUAGGGAUUGCUGAGCCGUGGAAAAACCCUUGGAGUAGACGGAGUGACCUACAUCGCUGAGUAAUACGCCCCAGAAAAGAAGGGCAUCAGUCCACACAGUAUCGAACAGCUAAGCUCUGGUUAAGGUUGACAAAGAUACAAGUUGAAAAAGAGAAUACCUUCUUCAGUCUACGCAACUGCACGCCAUCAACAAGAGAUUACCAACUUGACGGCUACUUUGAACCAGUUCUGAGAUACUUUAUUGGCGUUGCCUUAAGUCAGUGGCUGUUCUCAGUUUGUCUGAGGUGAAGUUUGGGAAACAAGUUCAAUGUGCGAGGUUUUCGUUGAGUUUCACCUCUUUUUGAUCUUCUUGGCAAAUUUUGACACUUGAACUUUAACAACGAAAUCAAUGAGGUUCUCCUUAAGAGGAGCUCAAAUACCUCAUCCAGAAUUUUUCGCAGAUCCUGCAACUUAGGAAAAGAACACCCUCCCAAAAAAGGUUCUCUCCACAACGCACUUAUCCUUUCCCUCCCCCUUUGCCCUUUUUGCCAGACUUGUCUGGCCCCAACAAGACUACAAUGGAAAGCCUUAGUCUACACCUGCAAUCAUCCGCCAACAAAAACAACAUGGACGUUGACACCUACUCCAACUACAGUGAGAGUCUUCCGUCCCCUCAGCCCGACGGUGGCUCACGCUCGGGCCGCCAGAGCAAAGGCAGCAAGGCCAACAUGUCAUGCCGGCGCAAGCGGGAGUUCAUCUCUGACGAGAAGAAGGACGCGUCCUAUUGGGAGAAACGCCGCAAGAACAACGAGGCGGCCAAGCGCUCCAGGGAGAAACGGCGCCUCAACGACAUGGUGCUGGAGAAUCGCGUCAUGGCGCUGAAUGAGGAGAACGUCCGCCUGAAGACUGAACUUCUGCAACUGAAGCUGCGAUUUGGCCUGAUCACUACCGCCUCCUACAUGGAGAAGAGCCAGCAGAUCUCCAACAGUUCUGCGGCUGCCGCUGGCACCAACGGAAAUCCCACCGGCAACCCUUACUUCUCCAGCAGUGGCUACUCUAGCGCCUCCCAGGUAAUGCUCAACUCGGACUCUUCUGAGGCGGAACAGUCUAGCCGGGGGGAACGUCACACCCCGCUCCCCAAGUACUCCCCUCGUGGUUCCCUCUCAGACUUGUCUGACGGUUCCUCCAGAGACAGUCCUGAACCCAUGGCCUACGAAAUCAAAAGGGAGUCCACAAGCAUGGACAUGGACAAAAUACCCAAUGGAGUUUUUCAUGAUCACCAGCACAGGUCCCAAGAGGCUGAAUGUGCCAUGGACUACCAGCACCAGCAACUCCACCACCACCACCAGGAGGCUGCCAGCCCAGCUUCCCAGGGUGCCUCUGCCCAGAGGAGUGUGAUCCUUUACCGAUCUGGCAGCACUUCCUAUCCAAUGGACAACCAGAGGAGAGAGGAGAUGGACCUGGCCCAGCAGAGCAGGCCGUCUGGGGCUCACAACACCCAGACAGGGCAUCCUUCCUUCAAGUCCUCCGAGAGCAUCAUGGAUGUCGCUGAGCGUCUGGAGAGGAAAACCCUAGACUCCCCUCCCUACGAGUACACCAACAGCCAUUGCGACUCGACCGAAGAACCCAGGUAUGACUUUCACUCCCAACAGCAGCACGAUGCCGAGGUCGGACCAUACAGCUACCAAGGCCAAGAGGACCACAAGGACUCUCAGAACCCCUUUGCCCCAGAGCUCCUCCACAGCAGUGAGGAGGGCAGGGCACACUCCUACCAGCGCCACCAGGCCUACCUCAGCACCUUGGACGAAGAGCCCCCAGUGCUUACAUACGAAGGGGGGCCCAGAGCCGAGGGGUACUACCAGGAACACUCUUCAUCUGGUAAGGACACCUCCUCCAGCGACGGGGACCCCCGCAGCUCCGACAAGGAGGGAUCCACGGAUGACGAGUCCCCCUCCUCAUCCUCCUCUGAGAUGGGAAGCUACAACCAGAGGGCAUUGCAAAACGGUGCCUUGAUGGUGGGGGCGGCCCAGAGCCAUGGAAUCGACUGCCAGACCGAGGUGAAAGCCACAGCCCUGCCCCACAAGCUCCGCCUCAAGUACAGAGCCCUGUCCAACGGCGCAAGUGGAACCCAAGGGGAUGCACCAAUCGGUUCCCCCUCCUCGGCAUCGCCAUCUCCCACCCUGCCCCAGCAUCCCUACCUAGCCCUGCCCAGCAAUCAACAAGGUGGGCACGGCAGUGGCGACAGCGGGGAGGUGGAGAAUGCGGCCGAGUACAGCGAGGACGAGUCUCAGACAACGCAGGAGAGAGAGGAGGCAAGGAAGGCAGGUGGGAAGGGAGCCAGCAGCAGAAAUGGACGUAACAACAGGCGGGAGUAGAGCCUAGAGAACGCCACCAAAACAGAAAAAGACACUUACAAGAUGUCGCCCUAUGACCUUCCGCUGCAUCAACUGGUAUUUCACAACUUAUCACUAUGCCAUACGCGUACUACCUGCACAGCUCAAACAAUGGCUUUAGCUCUACCAAGCUAUGCAGUCCAGUGGUUGUGGAGCGGGUUCAACAUCAUGGUUCACUGUGUUUCAACAAUUUUCUUUCCAUGGACCUUGCUCCCUCCAUCCUUACUUCCAAUAAUGACAGUUGAUCCCAGAUCUGGGAGGUAUUGAAGUAAAGGCGAGGAGGACUAGAAUGGAACUCGUAUCCCGUCUCAGCCUGUGAGAUUUGUUUUCCUCUGGAAAACAUAAACAUUAUAUCCCAAUGAAUGGUUGGACAGUAAAAUGACAAGACGUGAUCCGGCCUUGUGGUGCUCCCUGGGUCAUGUGACCUUCAAACUCAGUCAAACCUCUGGUAUGCCAAGGGGGGGUCAAUGUCUCACUUUCUGACUUUGUGGGUGGCCGACGCAGCAGGCAUACAGUUCGCAAAGCAUUAUGGGAACAUUCUUUUGACCAAAGAAAUACGUCUCUUCCCCCUCCCCACAGACAAAGAGUUCCAUUCUUCCUCCUGUUCCCCCCCCCCCCCCCCCCCACCCAUGAAAAUCGUCUUUACCAGUUACCGUGAUCCACACCCCUUUCUGCACAGCAGACACCUCAUAACUUUUCAAGCACUUGGAUUGUAUAUUACUGUUAUAUAGAUUUACAUAUAUUUAAAUAUAUUUUAAGAAGAAAACGAAAAAAUAAAAAUAAAAAACACUACAAGGGGAACGUGAAAGUCGUAGACAUGAAAAGUUACCAGUCUGUCUUUGUUGGAGUCUUUGUACAGUCCUUACUUGUUGACAAAAUGCCUCAAAAAUGUUUCCUUUUGAUGUCUGUAUGAACCACAGCUUGUAGAAAAUCAUACCUGUAUAUUUCUUCAUGUCUCUUCGGGUUCCAUGUCUAAUAUUUUGGGUCCGUCAUAUCAAGGUUGUAUGCUGCAGUAUUUCAUAACACCCAGGUGAUGUUGAGGAUAAGCCAUUGGGAAACCUACAAUCAUGUAAGGCCACACUGUCAAGGCUGGCAUCAACAUAUCACCAGAGUACAGUCUGUAGUUACCAGUCAAUCUCACCCUUGAAGACCCUAUUUUGAGGGUUAGCUACCUAAGCACAAACAUGGGCUCUAUGAAACUUUGGGUCACUGGAAGUUUUAGUGGUUAGUACACUUGAGUUCCAAUAGACAAAGCUGCUCUUAACUUUUUCUAAUGUGCCUCUUUCUUUCAGACUCCAUAUGAUCAAUCCCCUAUCUCCUCACCUAUAUGUAGUUCUAUCUGUAAUGCCCAGUGCAAGCGAUGUUAACUGUUUCACUUCCAGGUGCCUGCCUUUGGCCAUUUUGUAUAAAUGUAAAGUUGGCUCUCUCUUUUUCUUGGAUAACAUUAUUUUAUUACUUUAUUAUUUUAUUAAUAUUAUUUUUUAUUAUAUUCAAUUUCUAUUAUUAUUUGGGCUAUUAAUGUGUCCCAACCCUUGUUCCAUACCCUAUGCUCUUCCUGAUUGUGAUGUGUGUUUACCCAUGACUCCAUGCCCCCCCCUGCCCCCAUCACCAUUUGUACUCUGUGAUACUGUGUAAUGUUUGUUGUUUGCCGAAAGGUUUAAGUGAAAUGGAGGAAAUUUGAAUGAGGCUUGUGUCCAGUAGUAUAUUGCUAUAUUUCACACUGUUGAAAGUGCAAUGAUCAAGAUGGGAAAAUCUUUUGGGGAUUGUGAAAGGAACAAAAAUAAACGGAUGUUGAAUUUCCAAAGUUGAA